AUGGCAAACUUUCCCGGUCGCUUCCAGCUCCGGAGCACCCAAUCAGCCCAACAGUCAAAGGCACUCCGGGCGGCCCGCAAGAUGCGUAUAUAUAGUGCCUCCACCACCCCCGGGGACAGGAACUACACACAGCGCAGUGCGGCCGGGCUCGUCGUUGGGCUCAUCAACAAAGCAAGUAGCAGCCAGGAAAUGGACGCGACAGCAGAAGCUAGUAGUGGAGAAGGAGCACGCCACGCCCACGGCCCAAAAGAUGACCGGCCGGAGAAGAAGGUGCCGUUGCUCGGCAUGUUCAGGUACGCCGACCGCCUCGACAUGCUGCUCAUGGUGGUCGGUUCGCUCGGGGCGGUGGGCAACGGCGUGUCGGAGCCCCUCAUCUCGGUCCUCUUUGGAGACGUCAUCAACUCCUUCGGCGAGAGCACGACCAGCACCGUCCUCCGUGCUGUCACCAAGGUUGUUCUCAACUUCAUAUAUUUGGGCAUUGGGACAACAGUUGCUGCCUUUCUUCAGGUGGCAUGCUGGACUAUGGCAGGAGAAAGGCAAUCAGCCCGUAUCCGUUCUUUGUACCUGAAAUCUGUUCUGAGACAGGAUAUUGCAUUCUUCGACACAGAAAUGACAACUGGUGAAGCAGUUUCUAGAAUGUCUAGCGAUACGGUUAUAAUUCAAGAUGCUCUUGGUGAGAAGGCAGGGAAGCUUGUGCAACUCGCAUCUGCCUUCUUUGGGGGUUUUAUCAUAGCAUUCACAAAAGGCUGGCUCCUAACUCUUGUCAUGCUAACAUCACUACCACUAAUUGCUAUCGCUGGUGCAGUGUCUGCACAGCUGCUAACCCGGGUUUCCAGCAAGCGACUAACAUCGUAUAGUGAUGCUGCAGACACAGUUGAACAGACAAUUGGAUCUAUUCGAACAGUUGUGUCCUUCAAUGGCGAGAAGAAAGCCAUAGAAAUGUACAAUAAAUUCAUAAAAAAUGCAUACAAGACUGUUGUUGAGGAAGGCAUUGUCAAUGGGUUUGGCAUGGGCUCUGUCUUCUGCAUCUUAUUUAGCAGUUAUGGUCUAGCCUUCUGGUAUGGUGGAAAGCUGAUCAUUGACAAAGGUUAUACCGGAGGGAAGGUCCUCACUAUAUUGUUUGCCGUACUGACUGGCGCAACUUCAUUAGGUAAUGCAACACCAUCAAUUUCUGCAAUUGCUGAAGGUCAAUCUGCAGCAUACAGACUAUUCGAAACGAUUGAGAGGAAGCCUGAAAUAGAUUCAGAUGAUACCAGCGGCAUGAUCAUGGAAAAUAUCAAGGGUGAUGUUGAACUAAAGGAUGUGUGCUUUCGCUACCCUGCAAGACCCGGGCAGUUAAUAUUAGAUGGAUUGUCAUUACAAGUAGCCAGUGGAACAACAAUGGCCAUAGUUGGAGAGAGUGGAAGUGGCAAGUCAACUGUUGUCAGCCUAGUUGAAAGAUUCUACGAUGCACAGGCUGGAGAAGUUUUGAUAGAUGGAGUCAACAUCAAGAAUCUGAAUCUUGAUUGGAUAAGAGGGAAGAUCGGCCUUGUUAGCCAAGAACCAUUGCUGUUUAUGACCUCCAUUAAAGAUAACAUAAUCUAUGGUAAAGAAGAGGCAACACUUGAAGAGAUCAAGAGAGCAGCCGAGCUUGCAAAUGCAGCAAACUUCAUCGACAAGUUACCAAAUGGCUACGAUACAUUGGUUGGUCAACGUGGCACUCUGCUUUCUGGGGGCCAAAAACAAAGAAUUGCAAUUGCAAGAGCCAUCCUUAAAGAUCCAAAAAUCCUUUUGCUAGAUGAAGCAACAAGUGCAUUGGAUGUAGAAUCUGAGAGGAUAGUUCAGGAGGCACUCAAUAGGAUAAUGGUACAAAGAACCACACUCGUCGUUGCCCAUCGUUUGAGCACUGUAAGGAAUGUUGACUGCAUCACAGUUGUUCAUCAAGGGAAAAUAGUGGAACAAGGUCCUCAUCAUGCAUUAAUGAAGGAUCCCAAUGGAGCUUACUCACAGCUUAUUAGGCUACAAGAAACUCGUGGUGAUGAAAGACGUAAAAUACAGGAUUCUGGAGUGCCCAAUUCCUUAUCAAAAAGCACUAGUUUGUCAAAUAGACGGUCAAUGACUAAAGAUUCUUUUGGCAACAGCAACAGAUACUCCUUCAAGAACCCCUUAGGAUUAUCAGUUGAGUUGCAUGAGGAUGAAAUCACAGGUGAACAGAACAAAGACGACCUUUCCAAUGGGAAGACCCUUCAGAAAGCACCAAUUGGACGUCUUUUUUAUCUUAACAAGCCGGAGGUACCAUUUCUUCUGCUCGGUGCUAUAGCAGCAUCGGCGCAUGGAGUCAUUUUCCCAUUGUUUGGCAUACUAAUGUCUGGCGUGAUAAAAUCAUUCUACGAGCCACCAGAUAAGCUGCGGAAAGAUUCUAGCUUUUGGGCAUUGAUAUCUGUAGUUCUGGGGUUUGCAUCAUUCAUUGCAAUCCCAGCAGAGUACCUUUUGUUUGGAAUUGCUGGUGGCAAGCUUAUAGAGCGUGUUCGUACUCUGUCAUUUCAAAAUAUUGUUCAUCAGGAAGUUGCUUGGUUCGAUAAUCCCUCAAAUUCCAGUGGUGCACUUGGUACACGACUCUCAGUUGAUGCAUUAAAUGUUCGACGCUUAGUAGGAGAUAACCUGGGCCUUAUAGUGCAGUCUACAGCUGCACUAAUCACUGGCUUUGUCAUAGCAUUUACGGCGGACUGGAGGCUUGCACUGAUUAUCACUUGUGUCAUUCCUUUAGUGGGUGCACAGGGUUAUGCUCAAGUGAAGUUCUUGAAAGGGUUUAGUGAAGAAGCUAAGGAGAUGUAUGAAGAUGCAAGUCAGGUUGCAACUGAUGCUGUUGGUAGUAUCAGAACUAUAGCAUCUUUCUGUGCAGAGAAAAGAGUGGUUACAACGUAUAACAAGAAAUGUGAAGCUUUAAGGAAACAGGGAAUUCGAAGUGGAAUCGUUGGAGGGCUUGGUUUUGGUUUCUCAUUCUUAGUGUUGUAUCUUACAUAUGCUCUAUGUUUCUAUGUUGGUGCACAGUUUGUACGUCAGGGAAAAACUACUUUUGCAGAUGUUUUCAAAGUUUUCUUUGCCUUGGUUUUGGCAGCUGUUGGGGUUUCGCAGGCAAGUGCAUUGGCAUCUAAUGCAACAAAGGCAAGGGAUUCAGCCAUUUCUGUUUUCAGUAUUCUAGACAGGAAGUCGAAAAUUGACACAAGUAACGACGAGGGCCUGGUAUUGGAAAAUGUCACUGGCGACAUUCAUUUCAGUAACGUCAGUUUCAAGUACCCAUCACGCCCUGAUGUCCAAAUAUUCAGUGACUUCACCUUGCACAUUCCUUCCAGAAAGACCAUAGCACUAGUUGGAGAAAGUGGUAGUGGCAAGUCCACUAUAAUUGCUUUACUGGAACGCUUCUAUGAUCCUGAUUCUGGUAGAAUCUCAGUAGAUGGAGUCGAAAUUAAGAGCUUGAGAAUUAGCUGGUUGAGGGAUCAGAUGGGGCUGGUAGGCCAGGAGCCAGUACUUUUCAAUGACACAAUCCGUGCAAACAUAACAUAUGGGAAACACGGAGAAGUGACAGAGGAAGAAGUCACAGCUGUGGCCAAGGCAGCAAAUGCUCAUGAGUUCAUAUCAAGCUUGCCACAGGGAUACGACACUCUGGUUGGCGAGAAAGGCGUGCAACUAUCUGGUGGACAGAAGCAGAGGGUAGCUAUCGCAAGGGCCAUUAUAAAGGACCCGAAGAUACUACUACUUGAUGAGGCAACCAGUGCCCUGGAUGCGGAAUCAGAGCGCAUUGUUCAAGAUGCAUUGGAUCGAGUCAUGGUGAGCAGGACCACCAUAGUGGUGGCUCACCGCCUCUCCACAAUAAAAGGGGCUGAUAUGAUUGCAGUCCUCAAGGAAGGCAAAAUUGCAGAAAAGGGAAAGCAUGAGGCCCUGAUGCGAAUCAAGGGUGGAGUCUAUGCUUCACUAGUAGAACUCCGCUCAAAUUCCGAGUAG